AUGAAUUAUAACAAAAUAGUUUUAUUUACAUUUUUUUUGUGUACUGCGAUUAAAGGCGAACUUGAGCUGUUAGAAAAUGAUAUAUCGCUAGAAGAUAUAGCAAUAGAUGCUAAAAAUAUUGCUCUUCUUGUUGAUGAUGCGCCUCGAAAUUUUCGAAAAGUUUCAAGUUUUGUAGAGUCUCUUGCAAGUGAUCAUAGUUUGAGCGAUCGGGAUUUAUUGUUGGUUACUUUUAAUUCAUCAGGUGUUUCUGAUGUUUGGGCGAGAAGUUAUAAGAACAUGGAUGAAUUCGACAAAACAUUGGAAACUUUAGCAGCCCAAAGCAACUUAAAAGCAAAUGUACAAGCCAAAGAGUCACUAACAUUUUAUUCAAUACUCAGCACAGCUCAGCUUUUGCCAAAAAAUGGAGUUAUUGUAGUCUUUUCUGAUUCGCAGCUCGAUAUGGACACUAGUUUGGAAAAUGCUGCUUUAAACACUGUAUUAAGUAAGCAUAUCAAAGUUUAUACAAUAAAUUCUAAUGACACAAACUCCAAGCAUCCACUGGAAAACAUCAGAAAUUUCUCUGGAGGCAGGAAAAUUAAAAUUAACCAACAAAGCGAUCACGAAGAUUACACUCGUAAUUUUCACGUGACUCCAGCUAAUUUGUCUAUAGUUCUGUUAAAAAAGAAUUUAAUAGGUACCAACGAACUAUCAUUUCCAAUAGAUCACGACGUUACUGGGAUUCACAUAAUUGUAAAGCCUUCCAAUGGUACCGAUGGAGUUCUAGUUUCACCAACAGGCUAUAAAUUCUCAUUUUCAAACAACCCAAAGUCCAGACACAUCAGAUACUCAUCUGGUUCAACAUUUCAAAGCAAUAAAGAUUGUUUUGAGAUACACCUCAAUUUUUCCACUACAAGCCGGCCUGCUAUAGGAAUCUGGAAUUUAACAUUGAAAAACUCCAAGCUUUAUUACAAUGUUAGUACGUUUGCUUUUACGAAUAUUGCUGCCAGCGCUCUUUUACAUAGCGAUGAUGAUGAUUCAAACAUAGACGAAAUUUCAAAGGGUGUAUUCAAAUUACGUGUUACCGGAAAUAUAAGUCAUAUAACUGAUAUAAGUGUGGUAGAUAAAAAUGGACAGACAAUGUUGAACAAUGCGAGUUACCAGUUCAACAAAAAUCGUCUCGAGUAUGUCACCGCCACCGAUAUUCAGAGAGAUAUCGCAGAUAAAGAAGUCCAUGUCGAAAUUGACAAACAUCAACGCCCACAACCAUUUUACGCCCUGAUUAGAGGAAAGGAUGUUAAAGGUAACAUUUUCCAACGAAUGGGGUAUUUUUUUGGUAAAAGUGACAUUAUCCCCCAAGAAACAAUAAUGGUCGAUGUAGGACUAGGAUCUGAACUUAUCUUACCCACAGCCAGAAGAUCUGAAGUAUAUUUUGAAGUAACGAACCGUGGAGCCAGCGCUCAACUCGUAUUUUUCGCCUGCAGCGAUUCCAAAUACAUUUUACAAAGCCUUUCGGAAUAUCAGCGAUAUCUGGAACCUCAAGAAAGCACAGUAGCAACUUUGUACCUAAACCCAAAAUCCGGCAUUUCGUAUCAAGAUGAAAUUACGUUUUCUGCAACUAGUGGAGGGCACGUGGUACAAAAAAGAGUAAUCGUAGAUAUCGGUUCGACAUUAUUCGACCAGGACAAACCAGAACUUACUUACAAAUAUACUAGCGAUUGUAGGCGGGUCAUAUUUUCCAAAUGCAGUAGAGCUACUUGGAGAAUAGAGAUUACAGCUAGAGAUACAGGAUCAGGAUUACUCAAACUAAAGACGGAACCCAAAGGCAUAUUCUUUCCCUAUGGCUACACAUCUGGUACAAGGGACUCGGUCACUGGGUUUUACAGCGCGUCUUGUUGCAACCCUGACUUAAUUAUAUCUGCAAUCGACAGAAUGAAUAAUAGAAUAAGUUAUAAUCUUAAUGCAUACCAUGCAAGAUUAAGUCCUGGAGCAAUAUCAGCUAUAGUUUUUGGAGUGCUUCUCUUCUUGAUAUUGAUUGGUGUAAUCAUCUUUUUUGCUGUGAAGAAGUAUAGAAAAAAGAAAGAAUCGUACGACUUGCCAGUGUACAGAGGAGGCGGUAUUUGACAAUUACUUCGAAGAAUUAUCAAUGAACAAAAUCAUCUGAACCUAUGGAAUACUUUUGCUAUCAAAAAUAUAAGUAGUUCUAGCAGUAGCGGAUCUGAACAAUAAUGAACAAUGUUUAUUGUACCUAUUAUAAUUUUCUUGUUUAUAAAUAAAUAUUCUAUGAUGGG